GGUACACGGACCGGACCAGUCGACGAUUUCAGCCGUUCGUUCAUUCGGUGUCACGCGCUAACAGCCGUCACACGUCCUCCGUACCGGUUUUCGAUUAACACAAAACUCGUAAUACGUUUCUAUUAUUUAUUUAUUUUUUUUUUAAUUUUUAAAUAUUUAAUAUUUACGCUAUCCCGCAAUGUCGACGACGGUGGCAAACGGUAACGGGGUCGCGACCGACGUGGCAGCCUUGAAGAAGACCAAACCGCCGGCGUUGAAGAAACUCUCUUCGUGGAAGGACGACAACGAUUUCGACGCUACCGGUAAUCCCAAGACUCCUAGAACGUCUACAACGCCCGGUCACGAGAAAUGCACUUUCCACCACGAUUUGGAACUGGACCACAAGCCGCCCACCCGUGAAGCUCUACUUCCUGACAUGACAAACUCGUAUAAAAUGCUUUUGAGCGCCUUGGGAGAGAAUCCCGAGCGCCAAGGUUUGCUUAAGACUCCGGAGAGAGCGGCAAAAGCGAUGCUGUUUUUCACCAAAGGCUACGAUCAAACGUUGACAGAAGUCCUCAAUGAUGCUGUAUUCGAUGAAGAUCACGACGAAAUGGUUGUAGUAAAGGAUAUUGAAAUGUUUAGCAUGUGCGAACAUCAUUUGGUGCCGUUUUACGGAAAAGUGUCCAUUGGGUAUUUACCGCAAAAAAAAAUUCUAGGCUUGAGUAAAUUGGCUCGGAUUGUGGAAAUGUUUAGCAGAAGACUGCAAGUUCAAGAACGUCUCACUAAACAAAUUGCCGAGGCCGUUCGUCAAGCUAUCGAUCCAGCCGGAGUGGCUGUGGUUAUCGAAGGAGUGCACAUGUGUAUGGUGAUGAGAGGCGUACAAAAGAUCAACAGCAAAACCGUGACAUCGACUAUGACUGGCGUAUUCAGAGAUGAUCCAAAAACCCGCGAAGAGUUUCUUAACCUAGUCCAAUCAAAAUAAAUGAUUGAAUUCGACAUAAGCAAACAAUAACUGCAUAAUAAUCCAAAUAUUUAAAACUGUUAUUUUAGAGCAAAGUAGUAUUUAUUGAUUUAUGAAAUCUCACGCGAUACAUAUAUAUAUAUAUAUAUAUAUAUAUAUAUAUGAUAUUUAUUUAUUUAUUUGUGUGCACUUUAAUAAUUAUCACUCUAGUAUAAAUAUAUAUAUAUAAUAUUGAUAGUGUGAUAAUGGUGAAUUGUUUCUGUUUUUAAUUUUCUUCUUACCAACUUAUAUUAAAUGUUAUUUUAUAGUUUAUUUUUUUUUCAAAAAUUAUAAACAUACAAUCCACAUUUUACACUUGUAUAUUUCACAUUUAUAAUUUUAUAUUAUUUUUUAGUACUUUAAAUCGAUUAUAUUCGUAUUAUUAAUUAUUAUUAUUAUUAUAUUACAUUGUUAAGGUAUUGCUACUAUUAUAACCACGUUGGACAG